GCCUCCAGACUAGUCCAAAGAAUACUCCCAAACUAGAAAUGGGCCAGAUUGGAAAGGGAAAUGGGCCUGGACAACAAUGGCAGGUUGAUUUCACGGAACUUCCAAGAAAAGGGGGGUAUCGAUAUUUGCUGGUAUUAACUGAUACCUUUUCAGGUUGGCCAGAAGCAUUCCCAACCAGAACUGCCAAGGCUCGGGAGGUAACUAAAAUACUAAUACAAGAAAUAAUACCGCGUUUUGGGGUUCCAGCAACCAUAUCCUCUGACAGAGGACCACACUUUGUUUCAAAAAUAGUGCAACAAACCAGCCACCAUUUAGGUAUAGAUUGGCAACUUCACACCCCAUAUCGCCCUCAGUCGAGUGGCCAAGUGGAGAAAAUGAACCACUUAAUCAAACAGCAAAUUGUAAAGUUGGGACAAGAAGCAAACUUGCCAUGGCCUCAGUCUCUCCCUUUAGCCCUUUUGCGUAUACGGACAAGACCGAGAGCGAGAGAAGGACUGAGCCCUUUUGAAAUUCUGUAUGGACGCCCCUAUGGAAUACAAAAGGGGACAUCAAUACAAAUUGGGGACGAAAUUAUGGCUUCCUAUAUGGUGGCAUUGAGCAAGCAGCUCAAUAAAAUUGGAAAACAUGUAAUUGGGACCCGAGGAAGGGGUCUGGAUGGGCCUGUACAUGAUAUUCAACCUGGAGAUUAUGUAUAUUGGGAAGGACCAUACCAAGUACUCCUCACCUCCUUCACAGCAAUCAAAAUUAAAGAACAGAAUGCCUGGAUUCAUCAUACCCGUGUGAAGAAGUCGCCACAAAAGCUUUGGACAUCAGAAAUUCAAGGGCUGUUAAAGCUCAAGCUAAAAAGAUAGGAUGUGGGUUAAAUUUAACACGAUUCUGAUAAUUUCACAGGUGAUAGACACAGCGGCCUGGCGAGAGAACUGGUAUGUACAGGCGAUUCAAAACAUCACCAAAAUUUUAAAUAAAACAGAUUGUUGGAUCUGUACCCAAAUGCCAAGGCAUUCUGGUUAUGAGAUACCGUUAAUAGGCAUCCCACUGCCAGUUUCCCUGACGAACCGCCAAGACGGCUCCUUUUGGGGAAAUACAAUCUGGAGCACAGACCCUCAGGUUAAGUGGGGACGGGAAUUAAAAAUAACUGUUGAAGAGACCAGCACAUUAGGGGAUAACUGCCUGGUAAGUUCGGGAAAAGGGCUGUUUAUGGGAGAACACCUAAAUUGUAACAGAAGUCGUACAUUAAAUAUGACAGGUAGAGAUUUGGGAUUUUUGAAAUUGAACUAUACCGGUCUCCCGACCCCACAAGGGACAGGGUGGUAUUGGUUGUGUGGCACAACGGCUCAUAAAGUCUUGCCCAUAGGAUGGCGAGGAGCAUGCACUCUGGGAGGUCUGGUCCCCAAUAUUACUAUCAUUGACGGGUUAACGCGACCCCCCAUAAGAAAAAAACGAAACAUUGUAAAUAGCCCCCUCAUAAACAGACCAACGAGUUUCCACAGUUUUGCGCGAUGGUUCAUUCCGUUUUUAGGGGUUAGUGAGUUGGAAAAGGCAAUAAUAAACAUCUCAGCUGUAAUAGAAACCGUGGAAAAUAGGACAGUUGAUGCCCUCCUGGCACUCCAGGAGGAAGUUACUGACUUAUCGAAAAUAGUAUCACAGAAUCGUAUGGCCUUAGAUUUGCUAUUAGCCUCCCAAGGGGGAGGUAUGCACUGUGAUCAAUAUAGAUUGUUGCAUGUAUGCAGAUCAGAGCGGGCGAAUCACCGAGGACCUCCAAGAAAUUAGGAAACAAGUAAAUAUUCUACAUAAAGUGACACAAGAUAACACUUCUUGGGGCUUUUCUGAAUUAUGGGAGAAAUUGACAUCCUGGUUGCCCAACCAAACAUGGUCAAAACAAUUAUUUGUAAUGAUCAUUGUAAUUGUCUU